CGGCGGCCAUGGCGGCCUGGCCCACCGUGCCCCUCCUCAUCAACCUCGGCGGGUCGCUGCUGGGCUUCGCGGCCACGCUCACGCUGAUUCCGGCCUUCACGGACCACUUCCUCGCCGCGCGGCUCUUCGGGGAGGACCUGAACAAGACGUCAAGGCGGCCCGUCCCCGAAGCACAGGGCGUGAUCAGCGGUGCCGUGUUCCUCAUCAUCCUCUUCUGCUUCAUCCCCGUGCCCUUCCUGAGAUGUUUUGUGGAGGAGCAGUGCGCGGCCUUGCCUCACGACGAGUUCGUGGAGCUCAUCGGUUCUCUCCUUGCCAUCUGCUGCAUGAUUUUCCUGGGCUUUGCAGAUGAUGUUCUGAACCUGCGCUGGCGGCACAAGUUGCUUCUGCCUACCAUGGCUUCCCUCCCACUGCUCAUGGUUUACUUCACCAACUUUGGGAACACGACCAUUGUGGUGCCUAAGCCCUUCCGGGUGCUGCUGGGCAUGCACUUGGACCUGGGUAUCCUCUACUACGUGUACAUGGGUAUGCUAGCAGUGUUCUGCACUAAUGCCAUCAACAUUCUUGCUGGAAUUAAUGGAAUUGAAGCAGGACAGUCGCUGGUGAUAGCUGCUUCCAUUAUCAUAUUCAAUAUUGUAGAACUAAACGGGGAUUAUCAAGAUGAUCACAUUUUUUCUCUCUACUUCAUGAUUCCCUUUUUUUUUACCACGCUGGGCCUAUUUUACCACAACUGGUACCCAUCUCGAGUGUUUGUUGGGGAUACCUUCUGCUACUUUGCUGGCAUGACCUUUGCUGUGGUGGGGAUCGUAGGACACUUCAGCAAAACAAUGCUGCUUUUUUUCAUCCCGCAAGUACUCAACUUCCUCUAUUCAUUGCCUCAACUCUUCCACGUCAUUCCUUGUCCCCGUCACCGGCUACCGAGGCUUAAUCCUAGUACAGGGAAGUUGGAGAUGAGCUACUCCAAAUUCAAAACUAAGAGCCUCUCUGCUCUGGGAACAAGCAUUCUGAAGGUAGUCAAGAUCUUGCACAUAGUAGAUGUGAGGAGUGGAACAGAUGAAGAUGGCGAAUACACCGAAUGCAAUAAUAUGACACUUAUUAAUUUUGUCAUAAAGCUGAUUGGACCCACCCACGAGCGAAAUCUCACUCUCCUGUUGCUACUCAUUCAGGUCCUUGGCAGCACGAUUGCAUUUUCGAUCCGGUACCAACUAGUGCGCUUGUUUUAUGAUGUCUGACUGGACUGUCAGGAGCGAGGGAAAGAGUUCUGCCUGCCAGUCCAUUUUCUCCAGUUGCUUGACCAAGCGAUUGAACUGAUGCUGCUCCCGCCCUCUGGGAACCUCAGAAUACCUGUCAAAACGCAAGCAACUGCUUUGCGUGGGCUAGUUUUGAACCGGGAUGUUCUUUGUGCACCAAAGGCUUUUGUCCAGUUCUGUGACAGAAAAGAUUCACUGCUACUUGGACAUCAUUGUUACUAGGAAUACCUUUUAGAGGGGACGCAAAUGACAGCACAUAGGGAAAGUGGGAAAGAUGGAAUCUCUAUACAUCUAACAAAGACAUUACUGUUCACCAAGAGAGAAAACGUCAACUUUAAUUUCUGUGAGCAGAAUAAGUAGACCCGACUCCGUUCCUGGCUUCUCCAGUCCUGUUUUUGGUCCAUGGACAUAGAAUGACAUGUUAUAACCUGUACUCAAAACUCAAGAGUGCUCCAAGAAUAAAAUAAUUCAUGGUA